AUGGCUACAAACACUAAUAUAUUCUCAUUGCGAUCACUCCAUGAGAAGGACAAUUUGAAUGGUUUGAACUUUCAUGACUGGUUCUGUAACUUGAGGAUUGUUCUCAAACAAGAACGGAAAUUAUAUGUCAUUGAACAACCACUUCCUAAUGAACCACUCGCUAAUGCCUCGAGGGCUGAUAGAGAUGCUUACAAAAAACAUUUCGAUGACAUGGUAGACGUUGGAUGUCUUAUGCUUGCUACUAUGAAUCCUGAGCUUCAAAAGCAAUAUGAGGACAUGGUUGCUUAUGAUAUGAUCGAGCACCUGAAAGAACUUUAUCAGGGGCAAUCACGAAAAGAGAGGUUCAAUAUCUCUAAAGCCCUAUUCCAAUGCAAGCUGGCUGAAGGAAGCCCAGUAGGACCUCAUGUCCUUAAGAUGAUUGGUUAUAUUGAAAGCUUGUCUAAGCUUGGCUAUAGCCAGUUUGUCCUCAAUUUUAAUAUGAAUGAAAUUGACAAGACUCUGCCACAGUUGCUCAGUAUAUUGCGAACUACUGAAGGCAACAUGAAAAAGGUUGGACCCAAUCCCAUACUGAUGGUCCGUAACAACAAGGGCAAGGGAAAAACUAAAGUUCAGACAAAGCCCAAGGGCAAAGGUAGGCCCAAUCCUGGAAAAGGAAAGGUUGCACUGAAACCUAAAGGUGGGGUGUCUAUUUAUCCCGUUCACCUUAUCAAGUAA